GCGGUAACAGAGUGCGCGAGAGCCCGAGUGCAAGGGAAGCCCUAUCACCGAGGCACGGCUAAAGACAACAUUUGCAAAAUGCCGAAUAAAGCUAAAAAAGAAAAGGAACCCACCAAAUCUGCAAAAAGCAGCACGAAAAACAGUAAUGCCGGUGGUGGAAAGGAUGCUGGAACUGAAAAUUCUGAAGAGGCCCAGCAGACUGCCAGCAAGCGUCCGAGCAACAGCACUCCACCUCCUACUCAACUCAACAAAAUUAAGUACUCUGGUGGACCACAGAUUGUAAAGAAGGAGCGUCGACAGAGCUCAUCACGAUUCAACCUAAGCAAGAACCGGGAACUGCAGAAACUCCCCGCCCUCAAAGAUGCCCCGCCCAUUGACCGAGAAGAGUUGUUUGUGCAGAAGCUGCGGCAGUGCUGCGUGCUUUUCGACUUUGUGACUGAUCCACUAAGUGAUCUCAAAUACAAAGAGGUGAAGCGAGCUGGCCUUAACGAAAUGGUGGAGUACAUUACACACAACCGCGAUGUGGUCACGGAGUCCAUCUACCCUGAAGCUGUCAUCAUGUUUUCUGUAAAUCUGUUCAGGACUCUGCCCCCCUCCUCCAACCCUACAGGAGCAGAGUUUGACCCUGAGGAGGAUGAGCCCACUCUGGAGGCAGCUUGGCCGCAUCUGCAGCUUGUAUACGAGUUCUUUUUAAGAUUCCUGGAAUCACCUGACUUCCAGCCCAACGUUGCCAAAAAAUAUAUUGACCAAAAGUUUGUAAUGUCGCUUCUGGAGCUGUUUGACAGUGAAGACCCCAGAGAGAGGGACUUCCUAAAGACCAUCCUGCACAGGAUCUAUGGAAAGUUCCUGGGGCUGAGAGCCUACAUCCGUCGGCAGAUUAACAACAUAUUUUACAGGUUUAUAUACGAGACAGAGCAUCACAAUGGGAUCGCAGAGCUUUUAGAAAUCUUAGGAAGUAUAAUUAAUGGCUUUGCCUUGCCACUGAAAGAGGAGCACAAGAUGUUCCUCAUCAGAGUCCUGCUGCCUUUACACAAAGUCAAGUCUCUCAGCGUCUAUCACCCGCAGCUGGCCUACUGUGUGGUGCAGUUUUUGGAAAAGGACAGCAGCCUCACUGAACCUGUGAUAAUGGGUCUGCUGAAGUUCUGGCCUAAGACUCACAGUCCUAAAGAGGUGAUGUUUCUGAAUGAGCUGGAGGAAAUUCUGGAUGUCAUCGAGCCCUCAGAGUUUGUUAAAGUCAUGGAGCCCCUUUUUAGACAACUGGCCAAGUGUGUAUCAAGUCCACACUUCCAGGUUGCUGAAAGAGCAUUGUAUUACUGGAACAAUGAGUACAUCAUGAGCCUGAUCAGCGACAACGCCGCCAAGAUUCUCCCCAUAAUGUUCCCCGCACUCUACAAGAACUCCAAGAGCCACUGGAACAAGACAAUCCAUGGGCUCAUCUACAAUGCUCUGAAGCUCUUCAUGGAGAUGAACCAGAAGUUGUUUGAUGACUGCACUCAGCAGUACAAGGCUGAGAAGCAGAAAGAGAAGUACAAACUGAAGGAACGGGAAGAAAUGUGGCACAAAAUUGAGGAGUUAGCGAAACAGAACCCUCAGAGUACAAAGAUCACACUUCGACCUGGUCUAGCCCAAGAGGAGUAUAUGAUGUAUAAUGAAAGCCCGGGAGGAAUCCCCCUGUACUCAAUGGAGACAGAGACCCCUACAGCCGAGGACAUCCAGCUUCUGAAGAAGACUGUGGAGUCAGAAGCCUCACAGGGGAUGAAAGACAUCAAGAAAGACAAGGUUUUGAUGAGGCGAAAAUCUGAGCUGCCGCAGGACGUGUAUACUAUAAAAGCCCUAGAAUCUCACAAGCGAGCGGAGGAGUACCUGACGGCCAACCAGGAAGCCCUCUGACCAGGGAGCACCGCCACCCUUAGCCAUGCCUAAACUGUCCCUCUUGUCUUGGUCCAAAAUUGCCACCUGCUGUAACCCAACUCUCUAUUCCUCUUCCUCUAUCAAUCCUCACUUCCUCCCUCGCUGUUGGAGAGCCCUGUCUGCCUAAUCCAGCUCACAGAGCAGUGGAGAGCUCCCACCCACAAACACUUUCCAAAGUUUACACAAAUCCAUAGUUACUGAUCCUCACAGAACUGAAGCAACCUUUGGGUUGGUAGAAAGCAGUGUGGUUUACAAAUAAUCAAAGUAUGCACUUUUUGUUUGUUGUUUCCAUACUCCAAUCUGUUUCCAGGCAUUAGUCCGCAUGUUCCUUAUCCCAUUUUUUCCUCCCGCUGCUUGAGAGCUUCUCCUGUAUUCCAUUCCCUGACUCUGUAAAUCCAAUCUCUCUGACAUGUUAGGCACAAAGGGGCUAGACUUAACUAAAUGAAUCAUGUUACUCAAGAGAUAAAUGAAGACAGUGAUGGUGAACCUGUAUUGUACUGGAUUUGUUGCAUUAGAUAGCUGACUGGACUCGUGUGUGUGUGUGUGUGUGCUGUUCUUUCACAAGGGAUCUGUCUUGCUCAGCUUAGGGAUGGAAGCCAAAUAAAUGUGAUCUGGAUAUCAUAUACAGAAAACAAAUGAAAGAAACUGGUUUCUUAUAAAGAAGCCUAAUAUAUUAGACAGCAAUUUGAACUCUCAUGAGAUUGCACAUUUAUUUCAAGUUCCUUAGAAAUAACUCAGGUUAUAUCUCCAUAGCCAUCACAAAAAUUAGAAAAGGACAGAACUGACCCACAUUACAGUGCAAGUUAAUGUGACUAGCUAAGCUUCUCAUCACCAGUUAGUCAUCUUAAAGGGAUAGUUCACCCAAAAAUUAUCUUAUUUACUCACCCUCAUGCCAUCCCAGAUGUGUAUGACUUUCUUUCUUCGGCAGAACACAUAGAUUUUUAGAAGAAUAUCUCAGCUCUGUAGGUCCAUACAAUGCAAGUGAAUGAGGACCAGAACUUUGAAGUUCCAAUAAGCACAUAAAGGCAGCAUGAAAGUAAUCCAGAUAACUCCAGUGGUUUAAUCCAUAUCUUCAGAAGCAAUAUGUAUUUAAGUCCUUUUUUACUAUAAACCUUGGACCAUCCCCGACCAGUUGGUGGCGAUGUGCACAAAGAAUGUGAAUAGCCAAAAGUGAAUGUGGAGAUUUAUAGUAAAAAAAAAACAAAAAAAAUUUUUUUUAAUGGAUUUAAAUAUUUAUCUGUCGCUCAGCCGCACCUAUCAUAUCACUUCUGAGGACAUGGAUUUAACCACUGGAGUCAUAUGGAUUACUUUUAUGUUUCCUAUAUGUGAUUUUUGGAGCUUCAAAGUUCUGGUCACCAUUCACUUGCAUUGUAUGGACCUACAGAGCUGAGAUAUUCUUCUAAAAAUCUUAAUUUGUGUUCUGCAGAAGAAAGUCAUUCACAUCUGGGAUGACAUGAGGGAGAAUAAAUUAUGAAUUUUCAUUUUUGGGUGAACUAUCCCUUUAAGACUCAAGUCAUUUUUGAGACCCAACACCCUGCUCACAUGAGGCUGAAGUGUUCUUCAUAAUCCAUAUGCUGUUUUCCUUGUGAUUAUGUAUCUGAUUGUCAACCAAAACAGUAAAGGAGCUUUAUGAAAGUGAUCACCUCUAUUCAGACCACCAGCAGUACACUUUUAAAAAUGCUGUAAAAAUAGUAUAUACUCCAUCCAUUUAUGGUCGCAAAGAAACUAAUGUGUCCUUAAUGUACAGGCUGAAAUGGUCCAUGGUUCCAGAUGUUUUGUUUUAUUUUUAAGAUUUAUACCUUUUGAAAUCAAAAUGUCUUAGCUUUUAUAAUGUGUCUUGUUUUGCUCCAUAGAUUUUGUGUUGUACCUAGAAAUGAAAGAAAAACCUUUCAUAUUUAAGCCUUUAAAAAGGAAACUAUUCGUAACAUCCAAAAACCUAAAGAGGAGUGUUAAAAACUCAAGACUCCUGUCCAAGAUUAUAGGUCUUGUUGAUGUUUUUUCAAUUUUUAAAGCACCUAAGCAGUAUUUUUUAUUUUUUUUUUAUUUUUUUCUGGUAUAAGAAAAAUAAGGAGUGUAUGUUCAAGCGCUAUACAAUCGUCCUAAUAGGACAAUAUACUUAAGAGAUACACGCUUACCUAUGCAGGCUUAAUAUAUGGAAACUAAAAGCCUGCAGUUACUGUCGCAAAUACUUGUGUACUGUAUAUUUGCUUACGAUUGCACCCUUGCCCAUCCAAUGCCCUACAAUAUUCCCUUUUUUGCCCCAAAUUAAUCUUUUCUUUAAUUCUGUUUGCUUGUAUGAUGUCCCGUCUCUGUUGUAAAGGUCUUUGGCUUGUGAAGGAUAACUCACUCUGAUCAUUCCAAUAGUGAGGGAACAUUUACUCCUCCAAGAGGCUGCUGGACAACGCAACACUUCAUUGGCUUACCUGUCCCAGCUGUACUUUUCCAUAGGUCCAAAUGUGUGCAUAUAUAUUUUGACUUGUGCAAUUACAGUGUAUAGUAUGCAGUGCAGAAGUGAAAUCUUUCAAUUAUUAGCUGUUUGAAGUGUUAGUCACCUCUGACUCAAUCAAGAGCAUGAAUUGCCAUCUUACUCGCCUCUACCAGACUAGAACAUUCCAGAAACAGAGGCAAUGCUGCAUGCCUCCUUCCUAAAUGCAAAGGGACAAUAUUUUGCAUCUUGACAGGCGGAUGGGGCCAGUGUUCAGCUUGUCUGGCAGCAAUGUGAAACAUAGAGGGAAAUUAAGAACGUAUGGGUCUCUCAACACUCACCCUUCCUUUUCCCUCCUCUCCCAGCCCCGUUCCCCAAGUCUGACACUAAUCUUAAGCUGCUUUCCAGGUCAUAUGUACAUAUGUUGUACUUUAAUUAGGUCGAGCAUUACAUAGUAAGAAAGUCAUAUUUUGUACAGAUGUUCAUGAAUGUACAGAACAAAAAUAAAGAAACACAAAAGA